AUGGGGCAACUUGCCAGUGCCCAAAAUACUCAAGCAGAUGGAGCUCUUCCAAGCGACACUAUGGCUAAUCCUAAGGCAUUUAUUAAUGAUGUUUCAUUGAGGAAUGGGAGACAGUUAGGAGAAGUCCAGUCAAAAAAGAGAAAACAAGUGACCUUUAAUGAGGAGUCGGCCACUAUUGAGCUGGAAUUAGAAAAAUCAAAGGAGUCAGAGAAGCCAGCUGAAGAGGCGGUGGCUAAGCAACCUCCACCAUUAGUUGCGAGGCCACCACCUCCGUUCCCUCAAAGAUUACAGAAAGUGAAGGAUAAUGUCACGUAUAAAAAUUUUCUUGAUAUUUUGAAGCAAGUGCAAAUCAAUAUUCCACUGGUAGACAUCCUGCAAGAAGUGCCCAAAUAUGCAAAAUACAUCAAGGACAUAAUGGCAAAUAAAAGGAGGUUGACUGAAUUCGAGACUAUGGCACUCACCAAGGAAUGUAGCUCUAGAAUCCAAAGCAAGCUACCUCAGAAAUUAAAGCAUCCACGUAGUUUCACUAUCCAAAUCUCGAUUGGUAAGCAUGCAGUCGGGCAAGCUUUGUGUGAUCUUGGAGCGAGCAUCAAUUUGAUGACGCUAUCUGUGUUCAGACAGUUGGGGUUGGGUGAGCCACGCCCAACAAUGGUAAUAUUACAGUUGGCUAAUCGCUCCCUUGCUCAUCCUGAAAGAGUGAUUGAAGAUGUGUUAGUGGGUUUUUUCAUAUUCCCUGCUGAUUUCAUUAUCUUGGACUACGAGCCUGAUCAAGAAGUCCCAUUUAUUUUGGGGCAUCCAUUUUUAGCAGUGGGCAGAGCUAUUAUUGAUGUAUGCAAAGAAAAGAUGACAAUCAGAGUCGGUGAUCGAGUGAAGGUAUUCAAUGUGUAUAAAGCACUCAUAUUGCCAGCCCACUAUGAAGAGCUAUCCAUGAUUUUUGUGGUGGAAAGUGAUGCUACGUCAUUGGUGCCUUAUAUGAGCCCCAUAGAUCCUCUUGAACGAGCUUUUAUUGGGGAUGAAGAAGACAGUGAAGAUGAGAUGAUGGGAGAAAUUGAGCAAGUACUUGACAAGUCUUGCAGUUAUGUCCAUGGGUUUGGGAGAUUUGAGGAGUUGGAUAGGCCUGUCACUCUGACCCUUCCUAAGAUAUAUAUUGAAGAAGAUCCAAAGCUAGAACUUAAGCCCCUUCCAGUGCAUCUGUGUUAUGUUUAUUUGGAGAACUCUGAGACAUUUCCAGUUAUUAUCGCAUCUAGCUUGACUAAUGUACAAGAAGGAAAACUACUCAGAUUACUUCGCGAACAUAAAAAGACUAUCAGAUGGAUAAUUGCUGACAUCAAGGGAAUUAGUCCAUCAUUUUGCAUGCAUACAAUCUUUCUGGAAGAUGGACACUGCCCCAGAGUUAAGCAACAAAGGAUAUUAAAUCCCAUUAUAAAAGAGGUCGUGAAGAAGGAAGAAGGCAUCGUGUUGGGUCACAGAGUGUCUGGAAGCGGAAUUGAAGUUGAUAAGGCAAAGGUGGAGAAGGUUAAAAAAUUACCUCCGCCAAUUUCUAUGAAAGGUGUCCGGAGUUUCUUGGGACACGCGGGAUUCUAUCGGCGCUUUAUAAAGGAUUUUACAAAAAUUGCUACGCCUUUGUGCAGGUUGCUUGAAAAGGACGUAACUUUCAAUUUUGAUGACGCAUGCCUGAAGGCAUUUGAAGAGCUCAAAAAGAAGUUGGCAGUUGCCCCCAUUAUUGCGGAACCAGAUUGGUCCUUACCAUUUGAUCUUAUGUGUGAUGCAAGUGACCAUGCUAUUGGGGCAGUGCUAGGCCAGAGGAAAGAAAAGGUCUUUUAUUCUAUCUACUAUGUGAGUAAGACUCUUGAUGAUGCACAGCUGAAUUACACCACUACUGAAAAGGAGCUGUUACCUGUUGUGUGGGCCUUUGAAAACUUUCGGGCAUACUUGGCNGGGCCAUUGAGAAAUUGCAGGCAUACUUGGUGGGAACAAAAGUCAUAG